UGAGGAGAGAGGAGGCCCAGGAACACAGCCACUCAAGGUGGCAGGGCUGCUUCCUGGCCGGCACUACUACCUGGGCUCUGGAGUCAGAACGGGUCUUGAAAGCUGCUUGUGGGACGCAGUUGCUCAGCGCUCCUGGCAAAGUCCCGUACCCUCCCUGUGAUCAGCAGUCACACCUGGCAAUGACGUGCAUCUCAGAGGGAUGCUGUACGAGGACCUGCGAUGCGCCAGGUCUGUGUGUCUAUCCCCAGCACUCUACAAGGCUAGAAAAGGAGGAGGAACCUGUCCAGAAUCCCUGCAGGACAAGGAAAAGAAGGGGAAAUCUCAACAUGGAAAAACUCUACAAUGAAAAUGAAGGAAAGCUGGAAAUCAAGGGACAGCCAGAAGAUGAAGUAGAGCCUGAAGAUGAAGGAAAAUCAGAUGAGGAAGAAAAGCUGGAAGAGGAAGGGAAGCCAGGGCAUGAGGGAAAGCUCCAGAAUAAGGGACAGCCAGAUGAUGAGGGAAAGCAAGAAAAGCAGGGCAAGUCUGAAAAUGAGGGAAAACCACAUGGUGAGGGCAAGCCAGAAUCCCAGGCAAAGCCUGAGGGUGAGCCACGGGCUGCCGAAAAGCGCCCAGCUGAAGAUUAUGUGCCGAGGAAAGCAAAAAGAAAAACGGACAGGGGGACAGACGAUUCCCCCAAGGACUAUCAGGAGGACUUACAGGAAAAGCACUUGGGAAGUGAGGAGAUGAUGAGAGAAUGUGGAGAUAUGUCAAGGGCUCAGGAAGAAUUAAGGAAAAAACAGAAAAUGGGUGGUUUUCAUUGGAUGCAAAGAGAUGUACAGGAUCCGUUUGCCCCAAGGGGGCAACGAGGUGUCAGGGGGGUGAGGGGCGGAGGUAGAGGCCAAAGGGGUUUACAUGAUAUCCCAUAUCUUUAAUGCCUUUGGCCUUCAAUUCUAACUUCUCUAAUGAGAAUAUUGCUGACCCUGCUUUCCCUGGCAGGCAUUUGCCAGGCUAUGUGCUUUAACCUUAAGCUGAUACUUUGCUUUAGGUGUCACUUUUGUUACCAGCAGCCUUUUGAUCCAAUUACAGUGUUCUCUGUCUUUCAGUAGGGGAUUCUAACCCAUGUGCAUGGAAGAAAUAUUCAUGGUACACUGUAAAAUAACAAUAAAAAAAGUUUUCAGAACCACA